CCCUAAAAGGUAGGACAAGCACCCGCGUCCUUUUUAAAUGUGAGUAAUGCUAUGGGAGUUCAUCACCCGAGUGCGCUUGGGCUUGGGUACUAGUCUGUUUUCUUACCCAGUGCCUUCGCAUCCUAUAAAAGCACCAAAAUGGCGGCCGAAAGUGAGGACUCGAGGAAAUUAAAACUGCUGGUAUUUGGAGGCACAGGCGGAACAGGCAAGGAAGUAGUAACACAAGCUCUACAGCGAGGUCACCUUGUUACAGCGGUGGUGAGAACACCUGAGAAAGUCGAUAAACGUCAUCCUAAUUUAGAUUUGGUCAAAGGUGAUGCUUGUGAUGUGGAGAGUUUCAUUGCUGCUCUGAAAGGAAAGGAUGCUGUAAUUUCAUGUUUAGGAGUUGUUGCAAGUAUUUUUAAUCCAACAACUUUCUACUCAGAGUCCAUGUUUGCAAUACUGGAGGGAAUGAAAAGGUGUGGUGUCAAAAGACUCGUAACCAUGACAGCCUGGUGCACCCAACCAGGACCAAACAACUCAUGGCUUGUGGAUUGGAUCAUUAACCCACUGUUUCUGAAUGGUAUGAUUAAAGACAUGGCCACCAUGGAGAAGUUGUUGGAGAGUACAGAUCCUCAGACACUGAACUACACUAUAGUUAGACCUUGUGGAUUAGUUAAUGGUGAACGCACAGGGAAUUAUAAAGUCGAAGAAGGACAAUGUAACACGGGUACCAAGAUUUUGAUGGCACGCGCUGACGUAGCAGAAUUCAUGCUAAAGGUUUUGGAAAGUGACGAGUACGAUAGGAAAGGAUUUGCAAUCGGUGGAUUGUAAUAUAACACGCAAAUUGAAAACAAGAUAUCCAUGCCUCCCUGUGAAAGUAUGUGCCUGUUGCUUCUAAGACGGCCGCCGGCCUUUCGCCUGUUUUUCAACCAUAGAUGUAUUCCAUACAACGUACUUACUCCCCAUAGUCGACGCCAACCUGUGCCGACGUCAGAAGUCGUCAGGGUUUAUGAAAGGACAUGUUCAGUGCCCGAAGAGCGUCUACUUCUUCCAGGGAUAGUGUGAGAAGUCGUGAACACACUCGAUGGAAGUCGAUAUGAUUUUUAAAACAACUUGUGACGAAAUUUGAACGGCAACCUCACUCAAUUUACCUAGAAGUCAAUUUAGGCAGAAAAACUACGGUCUGAAGCUAGUACCUCAGGCAGAGCAACACUGUCAGAACUUGUACUGAAAAGGCAACGGAAUUGUGAAGGCAGUCUGUAAAUUGAUUUAGUACAGUGAAACUGGUAAAAGCCUAAAGGAAUUAAUACAAUCCUGGAAACUUUUCACGAGUUAAGAGGUAACAUCCUAAAGGUCCCUAAAGUCAACAAUACAUUUACGAUUCUGAAAAUUCGCAGUGGGUCUUGAAGGACACACCGAAACAGAGAAAAGCUCGUGUACACGUUAAAUAAAGUCGUGUCAUAAGCAAUCACUUCUGGGGUGUGUUAACGCGAGCAGUGUACGACCCUCUUUAUUGUCUUUCAAAAUGACAUGAUACGAAAUUUUAUAAACAAUAUAUAUGCAACACGAGAACCACUACGUGGAACUUACUGGGGCCCAGUGGGACACGGGAUUGCAUAGAUAUAGUUAACCUCUCGCACCCCUCCCCCCUCCUCUG